GCUGUGUUCUCGGUAAAAUGGCAGAGGUCGGUCAGAGGCUGGGCAGCGGAGGCUACCGGCUGUCAGCCUUCAGACACAGCCAGGGUCGAGCGGUGAGCACCGGAGACAGUCCCGGAUCUCUGCUGUUUAACCGCACAUUCACUAACAGACGAUUUAAAGAGCAAUCAACGCGGCAUCCACAUGAAGUUCAGCCAAGAAGCAGAGCAACACGGCGCAGACCGGAGAAACUUUUACGAGUGAGAUCAAGUGAAACUUUGCGUUGUACCACAUGUUUGGAUCUGGAUUCAUCCCGUUUUUUCAGUGAGAGCCUGCAACACACAGCAGCCCUGUACCUCUCAGCGAGACUGCAGCCUCUCCUGCAGGAGCAGCUGCUGCAUGGCAGGAUGUCACCCUGGACCAGAGGAGCUGUUUCCACCCAUCCUGACACCUUCAGGUUCCCUCAGCAGCUGCGAGCUUUCUGCACUGUCCUCUUCAUGCUGGCAGAGCAGAGAUCAGAGAGGCCGAAACUACAUCCUGAUGCCCUACAAGCGAGAAGAAGCUACAGCUGGAGGAGUGACAGCAGCUCUAAAAAUGCUCCUCCACUCUACAGAAGCAGGACGUCUUACUAUGACCUCCUCAAAGUGUCCCCCGGUGCCACUCAGUCUCAGAUCAAGACGGCCUACUACAAGCAGUCCUUCAUCUACCACCCUGAUAAAAACCCGGGGAACACGGAGGCCAGCCAGCGCUUCUCUGAGAUCAGCGAGGCUUACACAGUGCUGGGAAACAUCAGCCUGAGGAGGAAGUACGACCGUGGGAUUCUGAGCAGGUCUGACGUUCAAAGUGCAGGGAGACCGUCCUCCAAGGAGACCACGAGCAGAUCCACGGGAUCCCCACAUCAGCACCAGCAGCAGCAGCAGCAUCAACACAGAGCCAGGCAGUUCUCCCAAACUGGGGGGAAGCCCAUGUUUGAUUUUGACGCCUUUUACCAGGCUCACUACGGGGAGCAGCUGCAGAGGGAGAGGGACCUGAGAGCCAGGAAACAGUACGUUGAGGAGCAGAAGAAGAAGAAUCUUGGCAGGUGGAGAGAGGCUCGGCUGAUGGAGAUGACUGUGGCGAUGCUGCUGGCCAUGGCAGGCCUACUCUUAUUCAGUCUCAGGAAGCCCUGAAAUAGAUGCAGCGACCUGGCGUGACCCCGUGUGGUUGAAUGUUUGGACCCUGAGGCAGUUGGAGAUAAGACGGGGGGGUGGUGCUACCUCAGACUGUUUUGCAAGAGUUGCACAGUUUCAGACCUAAAGAUGACUGUUUUUAGUGUGUGGAGUGAACAUAGUGUUGAUAUAAAGUUCCACCUCACAAGCCGAUUGUAUCACGAGAGCAACUGAACAUACUCAUAUUCUUAAUUUAUUCAUGUCUGAACUCUGAAAAGCAUAAACAUACAUUACACACACAAGGGCUGGGUGUCGGUACUCAAUACCUCAAAGGCAGGGAUGCUAAACUGGCUUCGCUCGGGGGCCACUUUUCAAAAUAGCCAG